GAGAUGGUGGCAUUUUUUCUCAGGCUUUUUGGCUUGAAUGAUUUCCCAUUUUGGUGGAUAGCGUAGUGAAGACGAGGAAGAAGAAGAGGAGAAGAGAAGAUACGAUGGUUUGUUUUUUGUUCUACGCAGAUUGAGGAUUCGAAUGAUGAUGUAAAUGUGCUCUUUGAAGCUCCAUCGGCCUCUGUUCCCUUGCAAGACAUGAGCGCAAGCAGUAACCCUCUCGGGUCCCCGAACACGAAUCUUCUAUCGUCGUUCCAGCAGAGCUUGCACGACGAUGCGAAUGGCGUUUCCAAGAACUCAUCAGAUGAUCGUCUUGACGAUGGCGAGUCCGUUGAAGGUGUCACGAGAAGUAUGCAGGAGACGAUGUUCAACGCCGAAUCAUCAUCGACAACGAACAACAGGAAUGGCGAUCAGCCAGGAACGAGUGGUACGCAGGGGAAUGGUAGCGGGAAUGCGGAGCAGCUGUCGAGUGGCAAAAUACUAAGCAUGAGCACGGUUUGCAACGGGUUCAACAUCCUUGACAGGGUGUUCAAGAGGAAGGGCGCCUCUUCAACUCUUUUGAGCUCACAUUCUUCGAACAUGCACUCUGUUGGUGGUGGGUCUGAGAACGAUGGUGUAUUCAACAACAUGAGCGCAAAGCCUGAUGCCAACCCACAGUUGGAUUCGGAUAAACCCCCAACAUAUGACGAAGCAGCAGCAGAUGCCACACCGCCGUACUGGGAAAACUCGAUACUCUCACCUGGUUUUGAAGAUGAAGUGUUUGUAGACGGGCUACCAGUGGGGAACAUUGUGAACUUCCUAUGGAACCUGAUGGUUUCCUCAACGUUCCAGUUUGUCGGGUUCCUGUUGACAUAUGUCUUGCAUACAUCACACGCUGCUAAACAAGGCUCAAGAGCAGGACUAGGGAUAACGUUUAUGACUUACUCCUAUACAAUGUUCCCAUCUCUAAAGAAACUGAAUCUCGGGAAUGAAGAUCUGGAGAGUGAACGAAUCGAAAUAUCUUCGCCAACGAAUUUUGACGAACAGUCGUACGACCUGAGUGGCACUGUGGACCACUUCGACUCGUCGCUAAGCUCAGGAGCUGAUAUGAGUAUCGAGAGCACACAAUCUACAAAGGCUGUUGUAUUUAGUUGUUUCAUAGCUGCAUUGGGGGUUUACAUCUUUGUCAAGGCAUUCAUCGACUAUCAUCGUGCACGGAAGAUGGAGGAGGUGAUACUGGCACCACCGUCGAAUCUACCUCCGAGCUCACCUGAUGAGAUUGUAUAGAUAUUUAUGGAUGUUGAUAUGAUUUGGUUUUAUAUACAAGCUGAC